UUCAGCCCUAGUACAUCAGACAGUUCUUUGUGGAAAUGAAUAACUUCUUUUCCAGAAGAUGUGCCUUCCACUCUUUGCAAAGAGCAGGCUAAAUCCUGGGCAAAUCUUUCUGGUGCAAAGCUGAAUUGCCACGUUGAAGCUAAUGGUGUUCUGGAUCAAAAAUGGUUUUGAGCAUGGAUAAGAUUUAUCUUUCUCUCCCGUUGCUCGCUGAGUGCAAGUUGCUCUGUGUACCACUGAUGCUGGGGCAGUGAAGAGUGAUUGCUGUGGUACUCCAUAGGAAAAGGAAGGAUGAAAAUAAGCUUUCAGAGUGACUGAGGAGGGGGUGCAAGCUCAAAGCAGUCAGUGCUGUGUGUCCUGCCUGUGUUCCAAAAGGGAGAAGCUGGCCAUGAUGUGAAAAGCAUCCUGACAGUGGCUCUUUCACCAGUAAGAUGCGUGCUUAUCUCUGGCCCCUGACAGUAGCAGCAGGAACGCUCAGCAGAGUUACUUGGUGUUGCUUCCUGGUGAUACCUCACCGGGACAAGACCCAGCCUGUGGGACUGAUGAGGUGCUGCACUGCUUGUUCUUGAACUGGAUUCCCAAAGAGAAAACCAGAAGGGAGCACAGGCUGCAAAAGGGUUGCCAAGAAUUUCUUUGUUCUUGACUUCUCACGUAAUGAAUGAUGGCUCGAUCUGCUGUGGCGAAAGGAGUCGGACCCAGCCACAUCUUGUAUCUGGACUGUCUUCUUCCGAAGCUGCACUCCCACCAUGUGCUCCCAGGCAAAUGCAUCUGCCAUUCUUCUCACCUCUGUAGCAGUCCCUUCUGCCUUGUGAUUUGCCAGUACCCUCGAUGUAGUUCUCAACUUCCUCUUGCGAGUUAAAAGUGACCACCAAACUGAACUUAAAUAAGAGACACGAAACCAAAGACUGUUAUGUUUUCCAUGUCUUGCACGCACAACAUCAAGAACAUUUAGCACCUGAUUAAUUCAGAGGCUCCAAAUAAGUCGCUGAAGAGCCCUUUGUGCCAGAGACAAGUUGACUGCCCCAAACCACACCGGGUCUCGGAGCAGUCUCAAAGCAGACGCAUCUGACAGCUGUGCUUCACUGAAUCGUAGGCUCCUAGCUGGGACAGUGGCUAACUCUGAGAAGCUGAACAUCCAGGGGAGCAAAGAUCGUGUCCGCCUCUGAAGAACUAGAGGAGGUCUUGUACUAACCCUGGGGUCCAGCUCAGCUGCAAGCAGUUGGUGUCCUUCCCUAGGGGAGUCUGGUGCAUGUGUCACCUCUGCUGCUCCGCUUAGAAUAGGAUGAAGGUGAUGUUGAGCCUGACUCUGGUGCUGGCAUUGCUGGAGAGAUGCAGCGGGUCGGCUGGCUGGGUGUUCACAGAGCCUCAGCUUCAGGCCAGCGCUGGGGACUCUGUCCUGCUGCAGUGCCUCCUCCGAGACGCGGCAGACAAGAGCUGGACGAUGGUGAAGGUGGACUGGCUGCACGUGCCCCGAGCGGGCGCACAGAAGGAGGAGAUGGUGUUUUAUUACUACAGCAACUGUAGCAUCUCCGUGGGCCGUUUCCGGGACCGGGUGCAGUGGCAGGGGGACAUCUCCCGCUGGGACGCCUCUAUUGAGCUGCGGGACGUGCAGGUGAACGACAGCGGCAAGUACCUGUGUGAGAUCCGGCUGCUCCAGCAGAGCAGCAUCUUCAAGAACCACACGGUGCUGCACAUCAGCCCCAUGGCACAGAGAGGUCAAGGAGCAGCGAGUGCCCAGGGCUCUGCGGUCCUGGGAGACACCGGGCUCUGGUCUGUGACUGUGGGCUGUGGCUCUGUGGCCAUCGUCUUGGCAUUCCUGGCAGGACGCACCCUGAGGAAGAGGUCUGCAGCCAACACGGCCCUGGAGAGGACCAGAAAUGAAGGCAGCAAGGACAAAGCCAAGGAAGGGAUUUACUGCUCAAUGCCCGGAGCUGAGGUACCCAAGGCUGAACGGGACACAGGGAAGAAGAGGAAAGCUGAGGAGACCUACAUAACCAUGCACCCCUCUUCCUUCCGUGAGAACGGCAUCUACGUGGAGCUGGCCAGGAGGGUGAUCCCGGCAGAGUGGAUGGAAGAGGGCAGAUGGGAUGACAGACCAAGCGAGGACCCCUACAGCAGACCACAGGAGGCCCUUCCCUGUCCCCCAGAGAGCGAGAAGUAGCCAUGCUGGGGGACGUAAACUCCUUAACCAGCUGUGUGCUCAAGACAUCUUUGUGUCUUUGGUGGGCCAGCAUUAUGCUGCUGUCAGCCCUUCCUCUAAGAAGUGUCGCUGCUUCGCUCUUAUCUCCGGGCCGGAGCUGCUGCUGGGGCUUGUCCUAUCCCCGUUAUCUGCAGCGGGACCAAGGGACGCGUGUUGCUCUCUUCUCCUGCUCUCUCGAGGGGGACACAGGGGGCACAGCCUUCACUCUCCAGCUUUGAUCCCAGCCCAUGCUGCUCCGGGACCAGAGAUAAUGAACUCCGAGGACAGCCUGGUGGGGAAGGGAGGGGGAGACGCAGUGGGAGCCGUGCAGGCGUGCCAGUGGUUAUCUUCUGAAAAUAAUAAAACUCAGCGAGGCCCAGGGGGUCUUCCCUCUUGCUGGCUUCCUUUAACCUCCUGCUUAAACAUGUGCUGUUGAAGUG